AUGGCGAGUGUGGCCGACACUGCCGUGACGUUCGCCAGCAAAGCUCGUCAAUACGGGCUGAGCCAAGGGGUGCUUGACAGUUUGUCUGCAGCUGGCAUCACAACGUAUUCUGCCUUACUUUUCGCAGUGGCGAGUGCGCCUGGGGCUGUAGACGAGGUCAGGCUCAAAGCAGCCAAAGAUAAGCACCUGGGACCUGAUGCCACUGAGGGUGCAGUGUCGGCCUUCUCGCGACUCCUCUUUGAGGCCGGGACUUUCGUCGUCGCCGAGCUCAGGAGUUCGGUGGCCGGUGAAGACGAUGGCUCCAAGAAACUUACCUCUCAGGAGCGCACCAGUCGCAUGGAUGCAUUGCGUGCCAAACUAGGAGCGUGGCCUAUCACUGGCUCGUUCGAGCCGAGCCAUGUUCUUAUCGAUGCCGCUUUUGGGAUGGUCGCUGAUAGCUCUGUGCGCUACUUGCCACCCAGCAAGUGCAGUUCCCGUGAACAGGAAAUUCUUUCAGAACGCCGUGACGACACGUUGUUUCGCCUUGAGGCCACUGCCCUGAAAGCUGCCAGAAAGCCUGUUCUGCCUAAGGUUGACCUUGGCAAUGAACUGAGGUUGUAUCAGGCACUUAGCAGGAGAGGUGUUGCACUGGAGGUCGCUGGUGUCUGUUCUUUCUCUGUGCACGAGAACUACGUGCGUGGUCUGUUGGACCACCUGCAGCGCAUGCCUCCGCCUGGGUACUCUGCUCCUGGCAUUGACGCCGUUCUGGCAGCUGAUCGUGCUGUCUGGCAACAGGUUGCUGCUCAGGUUCCUUGUUUGCCUGCUGUGGACGUUGCUGCCAAGGUCGAUGCUGCUUUGCUUACUGCUGCUGGCGCCCCUGCUGUUGCCUUUCAUGUCAUGCCUCGUGAGAAGAAGCGGGCACUUGAUGAUCCCACGAAGCCCCCGGGCAAGACGGGCAAGGGCGAUGGCAAGGACAACCGUCCUGGCAAGGGCAAAGAGAAGGGUGGCCGGGGCAAGGGGGGCAAGACCCCCGGUGGUGGCAAGCCCGGUUCCCCUGCUAAGCAGACUGCUGUUCCUGCUGCCCUCAAAGGCCUGGACCCCAACAAGGAUGGCACGCCUUUGUGUUUCGAUCGCAACUUGGCUCACGGUUGCAAGCGCGAGACUUGGCAGACACCUGCUGGUUUGCAGUGUGAGAAAGGGCUGCAUUUGUGCAUGAAGUGCGGCAGCCCUGACCAUGGCGCCCAUGUAUCUGUUCCCUCGGUGGAUUGUAUCCUCGAGGCGCAGGCCACUGCCUCUGCUGAGUUCAUAAAAUCGCUCAGCAAGUGCUUGAAGGCAUCAGGUUUCGAGACCGUUGCUGUUGAUGUGAAGGAUGCUGCCGGACACCAAGUUCUGAAGCUUGACUUGCUCUCUGCCUCUGGCUUGGCUGUGUUGUGGGAAGUUCUCAACUCCGGUCAGGUACUGUAUGUGCACAUGGCGCCACCGUGUAGCACUGCAUCUGCUGCCCGCUUCAUACCAGGUGGGCCACGACCUUUGAGGGAUGCUGCACAUCCUGAUGGCCUUCCUGGGCUCAGUUUCUCACAGAGGUUUCAGGUUCACAAUGCAAAUCGGUUAUACGGACUGUGCCGGGAUGUUGCCCUCUUCUGCCAGAGUAGACAGAUUGGCUGGAGCAUUGAAAAUCCGUCUUCCAGCCUGUUCUGGCUUGCCUCACCCAUGGUUUCCCUUUGCAAGCAUCUUGGCAGUGACUUGUGCACCGUGGUCUUCGACCACUGCUGCUGGGGGGGUGACAGGCCCAAACGGACGGCGCUUUGGAGCAACUUGCGCUGCCUAGGUUCGCUUGAGGCGAUGUGCUCUCCUAGCCUGGGUCACGUGCAUAAGCCCUGGGGCAGACUGUCUGAUGGCACCUGGAGCACCAAGGCUGAGGCUGCAUACCCUUUGCCUUUGUGCCGGUUCUGGGCACAUCUUCUUCAGAAACACUGGGGAUCUGAGUUGUCGGCGCGGCUUGCGCCGUCUGCAGUCAACUGGUCUGGGCCUGCGUGCCUUUUUGAGACGCGUCGAGCUCUUGGCCUUUUUCCUAGGGGCCGGCAUCCUGGUGAGUUACAUAACCCUUUCAGCGAUAAGAUUCAGGUGAGGUUGCCACUGAGCACUGCUGUGCACUUGCUGGUGCCUGGUUCUGUUGCGCAGAUUGCGGGGGCACCGAAAGGUUGCAAGGUUCUGUCCUGUGUGAAGGAGGCAGCAUCCUGGCUCGUUGAGGUUGGUGUUCCGUGCGAGCCUGAGGCCUUUAUGCAGUCUGCUGCUUCUUUUCGACAUCCGUCUGAGUGUGAUGUGGAGUUGCCUGCUGACCUGGAGGAGACACUGUCAGCUGUGUCUCGCAUGAGUUGUGCCGAGUUGGCACGUCGCAGGUGCCGUUUCCUUCACAGCAUUCUGCAGAGGUCACAUGAGUUGUCGACUCGUGAAGCUGCACUGCAUUCAGGUUUGGAGCCUCAUGCCAAGACCGUUCUCAAAGGCAAACGCUUGCUGUUGCUGGAGGAACUGCUGUCCAGCCUCGGGCAUGAGGACACCCGGCUGGUGGCCGACAUUUGUUCGGGUUUUAAGCUCACGGGUUGGCUCGCUCCUAGUGGUGUCAUGGAGCCAAAGAUCACUGCACCCUCUGAGUCUGCUGCGAACCUGUGGCGGCAACGCUCUGAUCUCAACGCUAAGGCUUGGAACCAGACCACUCCCACUGCCUCUGCUGAGCUUGAUCGCUCUUUGUGGGACGCGACUGUCAAGGACGCUUCCAGUGGCUGGGCCAUGCUCUUGCCGUCUUCUGCGGAGCCACCUACUGAGGUUCUGCUUAGCCGCAGGUUUGCCGUUGUUCAGGGUGAUAAGGUGAGGGGUGUGGACGACUUCAGCUUCAAUGGCCUGAAUGAUACUCUUGGCACCUGCGAGAAGGUGACUACAAUGUCCACAGCUCAUACAGUUGCACUUGGUUUGCGUCUGCUGAGGAUCGCCAAGGCUCGCGGCAUGAGCCUCUUAGGUCGUUGCUUUGACCUGAAGAGUGCUUAUCGGCAGCUGCCGAUUCAUCUCGACGAUUUACCUUACGCUGCUGUAACAGUCUGGUCACCUGAGGACAAUGCCGUCCGAGUGCUCCAAAUGUUUGCACUUCCUUUUGGCGCUGGGGGUAGUGUUCCGGGAUUUGUUCGGGUUUCUCUGGCUCUGUGGCGCAUUCUGUGCCGUCUUGCGCUGGUGCCUGCAACAAUGUUUUUUGAUGACUACACCUGCAUUGUGCUGGAAUCUGAUGCUGUCAACGCUGAGGCCUCCGUACACAUGCUGUUCCGCAUGCUGGGUUGGCGACUCGCCCUGGAAGGCGACAAGGCUGUGUCCUUUGCGCAAGCGUUUCAGUCGCUUGGUGUCGUGUUCCUGCUGACGCCUGGCGUUGACUGCAGUCUGACUGUCGGUGGAUCCUUGAUCAUAUCCCCAAAGGUGAUCCCAAGGUAUGGUCGCUUGCCUCUGUUCACUGAUGGAGCCUUUGAAAACGGCACUGCCUCCAUCGGCGGCGUCUUGUGUGACGGCUGGUGUCAGCCUCUGCAAUGGUUCGGUUGUGAUGUGCCUAGCGUUGUGACUGGGGGCUCUGGUCUCCUUGGCCAGCGGCUGUUAAAGUUCCUGGGGAUACUGACCCAUUCUGGGCCCAUGGCAUGGGCCUUGGCCCUGUGCGGCGAGGUCUUCUCGCCUCAGCCUGCCCUGGGAGUCUGGCACUUUUUCUUUUCUGAGCCCACAGACUUCUUCUUGGAGCCGGCAAAAGGGUUUGGCUGGAGUUCGCAGGAGGAACGCACUAAGCGUGUGCAGGCGCUGUGUAAGUGGUCCAACCUGCUGAAGCUGGCGCCUGAGUUUUUCUGCCUGGCGACUGUCGAGAGGUUGCCUACUGAAGGCGAUGAGUCUGUGGUGGAGCAUCUUGAUGUUCUGUUCAGCAAGAAGAGCACUAACGCGCUGUUAACUCGGGCCUCUCCUUUGACCAGGUUUGUUUUGUGGAGACGGCGUACAUGUCCCGAGGAUGUAACAUCCGAGAGCGUUGUUUGGCUGCACUGUCGCUGGCUUCAAGGUGUUGCUGCAGCUUCUAGCAUCGACUCCUUCGUGAGCAGUCUCAACUUUGUGCACGGCACUUUGGGACUGCGUGUGUCUGUGCAGGAGCUGCUGUCUGCUCGUGUGCGUGGCCUUGCCCACGCGCAUUUGCGCACUAAGGAGGAAGUGGCUCAGGCAACUGCUCUUACUGUUGUUCAACUCAGGUGGCUGGAGUACUACGCUGCUACUGCUGAUGACCUCUACGAGAGACUGGUGGCUUCAACUCUCUGCUUCAUGGUCUUUGCUCGGGCGCGCCGCAGUGAUGUCGCGCGCGCCACUCACAUUGAGUUUGACCUAUACCCGGAUGGUAUGGAUGGCUUCGUUGAGUGCAGAGUCAAGAACCCCAAGCAAGCGAGAGCUUCUAGCAAGAGAAAUCUGUUCAUGCCGCUGACUGCUCUUUUCUGUGGCGUGUCUGACGUUCCCUGGGGCGCCACUUUUCUGGCUGUUCGCGAGGCGAACCGCCUGGAGUCCAACGGUGCACUGGACCACCCUCUGCUUCCUGGGCUCACUGCUGCUGGUUUGUGGCUGCAGGAGUGUGUCAGCAGCAGUCAGCUUACUCAGUGGCUUCGCUGCAUCUUGGCGAAGGCCCCUGAUGCUGACCUGUCGGCCAUUGCGGCGGUCGUGUCUUCAGUGAAGAGGGGCAAGUUCGCUCCAGAUGUCACUCGCAGUGGUCGCUGGCAGGAGCCGGGUAGUCCUGCGAGCUCGGCUUCCGCUUCGCUGGUUUCUUCGCCACCCAGCAGUGCUGAGCGCAAGUCUUCUGCGGCUGCUGCCUCUGCUGCUGCCGCUGCUGUAACCAGCAGCUCCAGUGGCUCUUCUGAGGCUUCCUGUGACAGUGAUGAUGGUGCUGAUCAACUCGUGGCGGCUGCCCCCCACUUUGUGGAGAACAUCCUUGGUCUUGGGGGCUACGCUGUCGCUGGGAAUAAGAAGAACAAGUUGCUGCACAUUGUGAAACAGAAGACAGGGCGCCUCCUGUGCGGUCGCCUGCUGUCUGACUCCUUCGAGGUCUCUUCUGCUACUGACGCGGGUGAUAGUCGUUUCUGUCGUACUUGUAAAACCUGUGCACUUGCCUGCGUUUAG